AUGUUCAAAAAGUUCUUGAGUAUUUGCAUCGACGAGUUUCCUGAGACCCUCGAGUACACGGAAAGCAACGAAAACGCCACCGUCGUCACCACUACCGUCUUGAAACGGGAGAUUAUGUAUAUUCCUGAGGAAAACGGAGAGGUUGACAGCAUUGACGGCCCCCAGUGCACGAACUAUAAUCUGCACAAAUCUCACGGUGACCACGUGCUCGACUCAUGUGUGCAAUUAGUGGACGAGCACCUGGGCGACAAGUACCGCCGGGCCUCGCGCACCAUGUACGGCAACCGGAUACCGUGGAAGGCGAACAAGCUCGCAGAGAUGAAAAGUGCGGGCCUCUUGUAUGUCAGUUACUGGGGCAACGGUGCGUUGGGCGCGUUUGCCUCAUUCAUGCUCACCGAGGAAACCGGUCUCGUCGAGGGCGAUGCCGCACAUGAGGUCAGCGUGCCCGUGAUCUACCUUUACGAAAUACACGUAGCUCAUGCGCACCGCGGUCACGGGCUCGGUCGGCGGCUAUUGGAACGCGCGCUGUGCGAGGGCGUAGCCCGACGUGUCCGGCGCGUUCGCUGCGAUUUUUUCGGCGUCGCGCUUACCGUAUUCGGCGAUAACACGCGAGCCCGGCGGCUGUACGAAGCAAUAGGAUUUUGCCGUGCUCCGGGAUCACCCGCACCAGCUGCGCCUGCUCUACGUCCAACACGACAUGGCAGAAAACGUGUUGUCGUGGCACGCGAUCCGCUGUAUUACGUGUAUUGCCUUCACAUGCCGUGA